AUGGGAUCAGUAUAUCCUACAACCACAGGCACGGCCCUCCUGUCGCCGCGAAGGUCACCUGUACCUCCAGCAGCACCAAAUACCCCUUCUGAAAAACGAGGAGAAGCAACAAUAUCGUCGCCCCCGUCACUCCCACGCCGCUCCUCUUCCCUGCAUAAACAGCUCAUCACGAAGCUCCGUCCGCUUCCCCUCCAGUACCACUGGGCAGUAUGGCAUUCCAAACCAGACCCGCAGCAUCAAUACAUCCUCACUCCACUCGUCGACGACGUGUCCGAUAUUGGCAGGUUCUAUCGCAUCUUCAACAACAUGCCGUGGCUGCAGAUCCGACAGAACGACAGCAUCCAUAUAUUCCGCGCAGGCGUCAAACCACUCUGGGAAGAUGCGGAAAACCAGCAGGGCGGACGUUGGUUGAUUCGAGUCCGACCAGACAACAACCGAGCCAUCAGGGUUUGGGAGGAAAUAUGCCUACUGUGCUGCGGAGGAGAGCUGCAGGCUGCAAUAGCUCAAGGUAAGCACAAACCGCCCUCUGCCCUCGUUUUGGCGACCGGCUGA